AGUUGAAGGCAUAUCGUCUCUCUUCUUCCCGGUGGAUUUUUCAUUUGCUUAUCCUUCCGGUAGUCUCUGAUCGGCGGCAGCAUUUGUGAUCCAGAGACCUAAAAGGACGGUGAAGAAUUCGAGCUGGAGACCCAGGAGACUCCGGCGCCGGGAAACGGCAAGAUCCGAUAUCGAUCACCUUCGGCAGCCGAGCUUUUAGAGGCACAGCUCGAUCCACUUCAAAUGGAGAAGACAAUGAAGCGAAACAACAGACAGUAUGGUGGUGAGUCAUUCUCCGAUAAGAUCCAGAGGUAUAAAGGUGUGAUCCUUGUGAUUUGCGUUCCGUUGUUUCUCGUUUCUCUAGUGCUUUAUGUAAUGCCGACGCGUUAUCCGUCUGAUUCGAUGGAAUCGUUAAAUCGGAAAUUCUCUCCGAAUCUCGGAUCUAUGAAAUAUGCGGUUAUAUUUGAUGCUGGAAGUUCGGGUAGUAGAGUUCAUGUCUUCUGUUUUGAUGAGAAUUUGGAUCUUGUUCCCAUUGGCAAUGAACUCGAACUUUUCGUGCAGAAAAAACCAGGUCUGAGUUCAUUUGCUAGUGAUCCUGUGGCUGCUGCGGAUUCUCUUCUACCACUUUUAAAGGACGCAGAGAAUGUAGUUCCACGCAAUUUGCGCAGUAAUACACCAGUGAGAGUUGGGGCCACUGCAGGUUUGAGGCAGUUGGAAGGUGACGCAUCUGACAGGAUUCUUCAAGCGGUGAGGGAUUUCCUGAAGAGCAAAAGCAGCUUCAAAGCAAAAGCGGACGCGGUCACUGUUCUUGAUGGAAAUCAGGAGGGUGCUUAUCAGUGGGUGACCAUCAAUUAUUUAUUAGGCAAAUUGGGAAAGAAAUACUCUGAUACAGUUGGAGUGGUUGAUCUUGGUGGUGGAUCUGUGCAAAUGGCGUAUGCCAUCUCAGAGUCAGAUGCCCAAAAAGCUCCAAAGUUAUCAGAUGGAGAGGAUACAUACGUUCAGGAAAUGUAUUUGAAGGGGACAAAAUACUUCCUUUAUGUUCACAGCUAUUUGCACUAUGGUUUACUAGCAGCUCGAGCUGAGAUCUUGAAGGUGUCCGGUGAAUCUGGAAGUCCUUGCAUAUUGGGGGGCCAUCAUGGGACAUACAAGUAUGGAGGAGCAGUUUACCCAGCAUCGUCCACGUCUCAAGGUUCAAGCAUGAGUACUUGUAGGGAGGUAGCUCUAAAGGCUCUGAAAAUUAAUGAACCAGCAUGUACCCACAUGAAAUGUACCUUUGGUGGCGUGUGGAAUGGUGGAGGAGGAGAUGGACAGAAGAAUAUGUUUGUUGCUUCGUUUUUCUUUGACAGAGCUGCUGAGGCUGGUAUUAUUAAUCCAAGUUUAGCUGUUGCAAAAGUUCACCCAGCUGAUUACGAAAGUGCAGCUAAUCGUGCUUGUGCAACUGGACUUGAGGGUGCCAAAUCUGAAUUUCCUCAUGUAGAAACUGAUAACCUGCCAUACCUAUGCAUGGAUCUCGUCUAUCAGUACACUCUACUUGUAGAUGGAUUCGGACUUGAACCUCAGCAAGAAAUCACAUUGGUGAAAAAAGUUGAAUACAAGAAUUCCUUUGUUGAAGCAGCAUGGCCAUUAGGCAGUGCCAUUGAAGUUGCAUCAUCAUUGAGUUAAACUUAAAUGGGAAAUGGAAAGAUCCAUUCAUGCAAUUUUGGGUUUUAAUAGUUUAUGAUUUUCAACUAUAUAUUUUUGACUGCAGCUUCUGAUAAGCCUAUUAGGUUAAUGUUCUGAAGCAGAAGGGAUUUGCCAUAGUCCAAAGCAGGUUGAGAUUCUUUAUUUUUCCCUUUUUUUAUUAAAGGGAAUCAAGAAUAGUGAUAAAUCUGUUUGUAAUCAUGUAUUAUGAGAAUUAUGCACUAUUUAAAUGAGAUCAAAUUUUUAUUCCC